UCAGCGUGUUGUUAGGCAAUGCAAGUUGAUCUAUUGUUUUGGUGGUGAUCAGGUCAUUUCUUACAUUUGUGUGCUCUGUUUUAGAGUUAUUUUCUUAUUCAGGGAAAUUGGAGUUAAUUGUUGAAGUGUCACCAUUUUUGAGUUAUGGCAGCAACCCCGUUUGAAAAUGGACUGCAUGGUCGACAUGCAAGGCGCCUUGGGCCACGCCAGCCAGUUCGUCAGCCUAACCCUGGUACACGGCACCCAGUGCAUGGACCCCAAGGAGUAGGGCCUUAUCUGACCGAACAUCCGCCCCAUGUGCACCAGCCUCGACCCUACUUCUACGUGCAGCCUGUGCAGCCUCCUCCUCCUGUCUACCACUACCAGUGGCCCAUGCCCUACAACCCAUACUCUGGCUUUCCAGGGAUGGGUUACGGUAUGCCGGGCAUGGUUAUGCCACCAUUCCCUCCCCAACCAUACAUGGAGGCCCCAGGUUAUAUUCUUCCCCAUGCCCAGCUGCACCCUGCUGAGUACAGACAAUACCAGUUUCGUCCUGCUGCCAUGGUCUACCAGAACCACCACAAUAGGUUGAGAACAUUUUACCAGAACACCACACCCAGAGAGACUGUCAACUCCGAAGUACAGACUGAACCACCACCUGAAGCGGAGAAAGACUAUGCUCCCUCAGCUGCCCCUCUGGCUGGGUCAGAUUCUGGAAGAGGCACCAACUCUACCCACUCCACCACCCCAUCCUCGCCAUGCUCCAAUGCAGAGAAACAGAGCUGCCCGGAAGUAGAACCUAAUUCCCCCACAGACCCACCUGCAGGAACCAAGACCAUCCACUCACAUAGGACCUCUAUAGAGGCACUGGGGAAGCCUGUCCAUGGUGGAGGUCACCUAGUGCAUCAUGAUGUGUGGUCAGUUAGCUCUGCUGAUGGCAUGGUCCCCAUGUGUAGUUCCUCUGACCAGGCGGAUGAGGUUAUCAUGGCUGAGAGGUGUGUGUCCUCCUCCUUCCCAGAUGUGUUGAUCGGCGGAGGUUCGCCAUCUUCCAAAAUGGAGAGGGCACCCAAAUGCGGUCAGAUUCUUACCCAAGAAAUUACACAUGAGAAUACCACAGAGGGCUCCAGAGGGCUUCCUGUGGUCAUGACAGGAAGCUGUGAAGGUGUUACGAACUUAGACAAUAGCCACUACAAAAUACUGAAGCUACCUUUUAUCUUUCAUGACUUGAUGACGGAGUCAAAGGUGAAUGAGUCUGUGUGGUCAGUGGAGUCAAUGGCACCAUACGUCCCUUCUACAGAGUGGCUGAUACAAAAUGGACUGAUGGCGCCAGAAGAUGUGGCACAGGAGUCGUCUGAGAAAGUUUCAGCUGAUCAAAGCCAGAUGUCCUUUCAUUAUAGGCAGGUACCGAAAAAGUUGAAUGAGUCAGUAUGGUCAGUGCAGUCAUUGGCCCCAUAUGUCCCCUCCAAGGAAUUGCUGAUAGAGAACGUCCUUAUGGAUCCUGAGGUGGUGACUGAGAGGGAAUCUGAUCCUGCUAAGGUCAAUCAAGGCCUCCGAGCCAGUCAGGUCAUUGAUAUAACAGAGAGGAGGAGAAGUCGGCGGUUUUCGCUGACUUUAGAAAAUGUGAAAGAGGCUGAGAAAAUGUCUGACGAGAAUGCUACUCCAUACCAGGAGUCAUUCCAUUAUAGGCAAAUACAGAGAAAUGAUAAGGAGUUUGUUUGGUCAGUGGCGCCUGUGGAAAAAGCCAGUGUGGAUGGUUUGCCUAUUAUGUUCUCAAGCAAAAGUACAAUGAUCCCAAGUCUUGAAGGAUCAUUGAAUAGCACUCAAGGGUCACUGAAACCCAAGGCUCAAUGUAGCCCAAAUCAGCAGCCUCUGGAAGUUACAGAGCACAGGGCUCAGAGCCCACUCUGCUCUCCAGAUGACCCUGAAACAUAUGCCUCCAAAUGUAUGGCAGGAGACCAAGAGCCUGGUUACAGUUGUCCAGGUCCCUGCAACCAGGAAAUGGAGAUUGAAGAGAAGGAGCCUGCCAAACAGACUGGGCCUGUUGUACCCAGUCGACAGGGCUGCAAGCAGAUGAUCGCAGAUGUUAGGAUGCUAACGGCUCCUUCCUCAAACAGACAGUUCAAGGUGUAUGGUCUGAAGUGUUCAAAGCUACAGGAGAGGAACUGCUCCUGUCAUGAGCCAAAGCUAAACGUUGCGAGUUUCAGGAAGAGCCCCACAGGCAGACUGAAUGAGGGAAAUGUGGCCCCUGAUCUCCCCAAGCCUCAGGAGCAGCAGUGUGGCAUUCUACAGAAUCAGAAACGACAGAUGGAUUCCAGGAAAGCAAACAAGGCCAGGCCUGGUCAUGAAUUUUGUGAAACUGGGUAUGGCCCGAACAAUAAUAAAAAGAAACGGAGACCAUGGCAAAAUGGACCACAGGACAGAACACAGGCACAGACUAACCCAUCAAACUCCCUUGGACAGUGGAACACCCAGAGGAAUGGCUACCAAGAACGCUGUAAUGGGUAUUAUGGCAGAUCUGGUAAAACAAGAGGAGCAAAUGGGAAAAACACACAAGGUACUGACUGACCAGACUGAGGACAAAUGAAAGAUAUUUUAACUCUAUUUAUAGGCCUACCUACAACCAAAUUAAACUUUUUUUAAAUAA